AUGCAAAGUUGUGUAACUAUUACUGCUAGUUCUGGUGUAGGAAAGACAGCCACCCUCAGACAUGUAGCAUUACUUAUGGCAGAAGAAGGAUAUGAAGUACUUCCUUUGGCUGAUCCUGGUGAUAUUGUCAAGUUUCACAACCCAAAUAAGGAAUCAUUGAUUGUUAUUGAUGAUUUUUGUGGAAAGUGUUCUGUAAACCAGACGUAUAUUCAUGUUUGGGAAUCAGUCAUUGAUGAUAUAGAACAAAUUAUUGAGAAUAAAAAAACAAAAAUAAUUGUCGCAUGUAGAUUACAAGUGUUCCAAGAUAAAAAGUUUGAUUUUUUUUCUAUAUUUAAGUCAUGUGUAUGUAAUAUGUUGACUGAUAGCAUUUGCUUGUUAAAAUCUGAAAAACAAUCAAUAGCUGAGAUAUAUCUUGAAUCAAAAGCAUGUGAGAUCGUCCAGUAUUGUGAUUUAUAUGAUUGUUUUCCACUUUUAUGUAAAUAUUACCAUGUUAAUCCUAAACUUAAUAUCAAAGACUUCUUCCAGAAUCCAUUUUUGGUUUAUGAAGAAGAGAUUGAAAAUUUUUACAAGAAAGAAUAUUUUGGUAAAUUUUGUGCCUUGGCUUUAUGUGUCAUAUUCAACAACAGACUGCCUGAAGAUAUUUUUACAGAAGAUAUUGAUGAAGAAACAAUAACCAUUAUCGAAAAUACAUGUGAGGCAUGCAAACUGGACAAAGGGACAUCAAGACUUGUUUUAAAGGAUGACCUCGAUUCCCUAUUACAGUCAUUCUUAAAGAAGGAACAUGGCGUUUACCAAAGUAUUAAUGAUAAAAUAUUUGUCUUUCUAACUUACUUCUUUGGACAAAAAAUAAUCCAUUGUCUGAUUAAAAAUGCAGGCAGUUGUUUCAUAAAAGAACAAUUUGUUUUAGAAUCACAAGAUUGUGUAGAACAAUUUAUCACCGUUAUACCAGAAAGGUACCACGAUUUGUACUUUCGGAGGAUGAUUGAUGACUGGUCAAAAGGAAAAGUACAGGAUGUAGUAUGUAACAUCAAUAUGAAAUUACCUAAAUUCAAAGAUCAGUUCCUGUGUCAUUUGAAUGUACUUGAUAAAUCUUAUCAGAAACAAUUAGUACAUACCAAAGAUAUAUAUAAUACAGAUACAUCCUUGUUGCAAUGUUGUUUAGAGGGUGAUGUAUCUUUAACCAAGUGGUGUUGUGAAAUCGGUGGUGCUGAUAUUAAUUAUUGUAGGCCAAAUGGUCAGUCCCCGUUAAUAAUUGCUUGUGAACAAGGUCAUGCAGAAAUAGUUAGAUUUUUGUUAGAAAGAGGGGUGGAUUAUAAUAAAUUUGACAAAUGGGAAUGGUCUCCUGUAGUUAUUGCUUGUAAAAAUGGUUACACGGAAAUAUUAAGUAUUCUGGAAGAAAACGGAAUAAUCUAUGAUAAAUGCAACAGGUUUAAUAGAUCACCGUUAAUGCUUGCUAGUGAACAUGGUAACACAGAAAUAGUAAGAACGUUGUUAAAACAGGGAGCAGAUUUCAAUAAGUGUAACAAUGAUGGUCAAUCAUCUCUAAUAAUUGCUUGUGAACAUGGCCAUGUAAAUAUAAUUGAAAUAUUGCUUGCUUCAGGAUCAAAAUAUAAUGAAUGUAACAAAUGGGGCCAGUCACCUGUAAUGAUGGCUUGUAAAUAUGGUCAUAUAGAAAUAGUGCGAAUUUUAUUAGACCGAGGGGUAGAUUGUAAUAAAUGUACCCUUUGGAAUGAGACGGUUUUAAUGAUUGCUUGUGAACAGGGUUAUACAGAGAUAGUUGAGAUGUUAUUAAAAAGAGGGGCAGAACAUCGUAACACUUUUGACAAGUUAGGCAAAUCACCUGUAUGGAUUACAUGUCGGUACGGUCAUAUUGAAAUAUUAAAGAUAUUGUUAGAUAAUGGAGCAGAGUAUUCCAUGUGUGACAGUGAAAACCGGUCACCUUUACUUAUUGCUCACAAGUAUGGUUAUCAAGAUAUGGUAUGGUUGUUAGUACAAAAAUCAGUGGAUGAUAAUAGCGGUGAAAUGAUGGACAAGUCACUUUUGAUAUUUUCACUGACAUGUUAUCCUUCAGAAAUAGUAAGAAUAUAUUUGAAUUGCGGGGUAGACUUUACUAUAUGUGACAAUAAUGAUCGGUCACCUUUAUUUCUAGCAUGUGAACAAGGUAAUGUUGAAGUAGUAAGUAUGCUGUUACACGAAGGGGCAGAUUGUGAUAAAUACGACAAUAAUGAUCAGUCGCCGUUAUCAAUUGCAUGUCAAAAUGGCCGUACAGAAAUUGUGAGGAUAUUGUUAAACAGUGGAGCAGAUUAUAUUAAAUGCGACAACAAUGCUAGGUCAACUUUAUAUUUUGCAUGUGAAAAAGGUCAUACAGAAAUUGUAAAACUAUUGUUAAGCAGUGGGGCAGAUAAUAAUAAAUGCGACUAUAAUCAUCUAUCACCUUUAUCAACUGCAUGUGAAAGAGGUCACACAGACAUUGUAAGAAUAUUGUUAAAGAGUGGAGCAGAUUAUAUUAAAUGCGACAACAAUGCUAGGUCACCUUUAUAUUUUGCAUGUGACAAUGGUCAUACAGAAAUUGUAAAACUAUUGUUAAGCAGUGGGGCAGAUUAUAAUAAAUGCGACUAUAAACAUCUAUCACCUUUAUCAACUGCAUGUGAAAGAGGUCACACAGACAUUGUAAGAAUAUUGUUAAAGAGUGGAGCAGAUUAUAUUAAAUGCGACAACAAUGCUAGGUCACCUUUAUAUUUUGCAUGUGACAAUGGUCAUACAGAAAUUGUAAAACUAUUGUUAAGCAGUGGGGCAGAUUAUAAUAAAUGCGACUAUAAUCAUCUAUCACCUUUAUCAACUGCAUGUAAAGGAGGUCACACAGACAUUGUAAGAAUAUUGUUAAAGAGUGGAGCAGAUUAUAUUAAAUGCGACAACAAUGCUAGGUCACCUUUAUAUUUUGCAUGUCAAAGAGGUCAUACAGAAAUUGUAAAACUAUUGUUAAGCAGUGGGGCAGAUUAUAAUAAAUGUGACGAAGGAGGUAGGUCACCUUUAUUCAUUUCCUGUGUAAAAAGACAAGAAGAAAUAAUUAGAAUGCUGUUAGACAAAGGAGCAGAUUGUAAUAAAUGUGAACAAAAUUUUUGUUCACUAAAUAUGCUUAAUGCAGAGAUUGCCCUUAACAAGAACGUUCCUUCAGUAGGUAUGUUCAUGUAUAGCGAGAUGUACCAAGAAUAUAAAGAAACAUGUAAACUGCAGUUAGAUAACGGAUCAGAUUUAAAUAUAUAUGACGAUAAAGGAAUGUCACCCCUUAUCUUAGCGUGUGUAUACGGUAAUGAUAAAAUAGUGAGGCGGUUGUUAGAUAGAGAAGCGGAUUAUAAUCAUUUUGACAUUUAUGGCAGGUCACCCGUGUUUUUUGCUUGUCAUUUCGGUCAUAUUGAAAUCGUUAGAAUGUUGAUAGCUGAGGGGGCUGACCAUGAUUAUUGUGAUUUUCAUGGAUUGACACCGUUACAAACUGCAAAACAAAGAAAUUUUCAUGAUAUAUAUACAUUGCUUGUGGAGAUGAAAACAAGGAAACCUAGUACAACAAUUAGGAGAUAUAUAACAAAUUUGAAGACAAAAAAUAGUUUUACGAUAGAAGAUGAAGUUUUAUAUUCCAGAGAGGAGACAAAGUAA